AUCACUUACGCACUUUUGAGAACUGAGUCAAAGAAUACGAAAUAAAUAUAUAUUUUCAGUGGAAUAUGGCAAGUACAGUGAAUAUUUGUUAGAAUGGCAGCGCGAAGUACAAAAUGGUCCAGGCUUCCCUCUACAUGUCAUGUUCUAUGAAGAUUUGAAAAUGAAUGGGAGAGAAGAGUUGGACAAGUUACUCAUGUUCCUCGACAUACAGUUAGAUGAACAACUGAAAAAUGACAUUAUUGAUAAGUGCGGUUUUAGGGAAAUGGCAGAUGAAAAGGGAAGUCACAAAAUAUUCGAUACUUACUGCAAACCAGGUUUCAAAUUCUUCCGUAAAGGUCAAGUUGGCGACUGGAAGAACUGGUUUACUGUUGCACAGAAUGAAAUGUUUGAUAAAAUUUGGGAGAAUGAAACAAAAGGCCAAGACACGUUCAAAUUUAAAUAUACUCAUACUAACGCUUAAUUUCAGCGAACAUUUGUUUCUGAUAUCAAUGAAUUUUUUCAGUUUUGUUCUAAAUAUCUAUUGCGGUCACAUUUGUGCACUGCUUAACAUCAAUUUUUGUUUUUAAAGUAAGUUACAGGUCAAAGUUUAGAGGGAAACAUCAUAUUUUUCACUAUAAAGGAAACUUUUUUCCACAUUACAAUUUUCAUAACCCUAUAAACUCGUAAGUAGGUUUAGGAUAAAACAUUUAACUAACAUACUAUGACAUAAUACUACAAAAUGUAAAAAGAGCAGUACUAUGCCAUUAACCAUUGUCAGUAACCAUAUAGCAUUAAUUCUCUGUCUAUAGAUUUUUACCAACAAAGAAAAGUUGAAAUGGACAAAUCAGCAAAGUAUUCUACAUAGAGCAACUGAUUUUUAGAAAUAUUAUUUUAUUUUAUUUAACCAGUUUUUAGAUUUUCUUACGUACCUAUUUUGAUGAAUUUCUAUAACAUUUUCACUAGUCUAGCGGUUUCAGUUGGGCGUACCCCGUUCCCUACUCCUCCGCCGUAAACUUCGCCAAGAACGCGCGUUUUACACUUUUUAAUCUUUGUUUAAAUCUAUAGCCAUAUAGAAUUUUUGCUCACUUCGCUUACAAAUGACAAAUCAAAAAGUGCAAUAUUUUUAAACAAACUGAAAAUUUUAAACACGUUUCGCUAGCACAUAAAACAUGUUCCUCACACUUCCCUCUUACGACAUUAUUCGUUAUAACUUAAAGGAGUUAUAUUGAAAUUGAAUUAUUAAAACGCUCCACUC